CGGGGUAAAAUUGAACAUUCAACUAUGGACAGCAUAAGCGACAUCAUCCCUUUCGCCAAAGAUAUGCUGAGACAGAGACCCACUCGGAGCAUGUUAAAGAUCUACAUGCUCGGCUCCACCCUGGCAGUCCUCGGAAUGGUUGGUGGAAUGGUGGAGAUGAUUUUAAUGCCGUUUGCGGAGGAUUGCACCACAGAGGAAGAACCAGCAGACGUCUUCAUUGAAAAGAAGAAGAAGAAAGAGGCGCCCAAAGCUGACACCACGUCUGUUCGUACGGAAGCUGAAGACGCGAUGAGGGCCGUACGGUCUGAGGCGAAGGUCAAACAUCUGGGGACUGCUUUGCAGAGAAGCUCAGCCAACCGUUUACAUGCAUCUUAGGGAAACCCUCACACAGAAACGGACACUGCAGGCGGGGUUGUUGAUGGCAGUCGUGAUGAAUCCAGCCACGACACUGAACUGGUCCCUUUUUGUGCAUUAAUUUAUUUCUCGUGUUGUUAAAAAUGCAGUUUGCCCCUGUUGUCGGCAAAAAGAGCAUGGUGAACUUUUAGACUGAAAACUGCAGGAUACAGGCUGCUGGGCAGCAGAUUCUAAAAGACGACGUGUACCGGAUGUUCAAGGAAGAAAUUUGAUAUGUUUUAACUGUGUUUUGUAUAGUAAUAAACAGCUUUUCUUCUUCAAGCUAAA